ACUCAAUUUCGGCGCUUUCCACGUUUCUUCAGGGCCUCUUUUAGCCCAUCUCCUGGGCCAGGACGACCCGUUCGGGUACUAUGCUCUGCAAACAUAGAUCUAUACGUCACAUUCGCGACCGCGAGUGUCUAGAGGACGAUGAACGGGCCAAAGAGGCCUCACCAACCUCUGCCAUAUGUUACGGGACACACUAUUGGCCAAUCGAAAACCUGCUCGCUCGCCCGCCCAUUCCUUGCAUUGGCUUCCGCUUUGUGGCUUAUGGAUAUAAAAAGAGGCCGCAUUUGACAAUAUUAACCUAUUACGGUACGUUGCUACUCAACUCUACGGCGUCAUCUCAUAACGUAGCUCGUCAUUCAUUCGACUCGGUACGACAGUACAAUAAAAAAGUGCAAGAGAAUAGACGAUGCAAUACUUGGCGGCAUCCCAGAAGAUCUUAUAUCAAUCACAUGCUUCGAAGCGAAGGACUGACAGUUGGCUGUUUUGAAUUCAUCAUUGGUUGCACAAGUACAACCAGACCCGGUCAUUGGAAGUUAUUCGGGUUUGACUUCUAGGUAACCCCAGAUGAUUAGUCAUGCAUCCCCGCUCGGGCUUAUCGACUAAAACCUGCAGAGCGACUUGUCCUUAGGGGUUGUGGGCUCUAAUGCCGAGGCCUGACGCUUCCCCAAGCCGAAGCUGGAGACGGCCCCGACUCCAGCCCGGUCCAGGAACCAUGCCAACCAACCAUAACCAACCAUCCAUACCUUAGCUUA